UUCAUUAAGGAGUUUUUUUAUUUUGAAAGGUUCUACCGGAACUCUCUUGUUUCCGGCAUCUGGCUCGAUCCUUCUUCAGGUCGCUGGCAGCUUUGAAGAUGAGUUCCAGAGUGUCCGGUGAUGUGGAGAACACAGAUGAGGAGGCUGAAGAAGAAGAAGAAGAAGAAGAAAAGAGUGUCAACCCGACAGAGGUCAAAAUGAGUCAGAUCGUGAUGCCGUGUCACAGCAACCACAGACAGGAGCUGAGUGUGGGUCAGCUGCUCAAGUGGAUAGACUCCUGCGCCUGCCUGUCCGCCGAGCGGCAUGCUGGAUGUCCCUGUGUCACCGCCUCCAUGGAUGACAUCCACUUUGAACAUACAAUCAGUGUGGGUCAGGUGGUGAACAUCAAGGCAAAGGUCAACAGAGCCUUUAACACCAGCAUGGAGGUGGGGGUCCAGGUGAGCUGCGAGGACCUGUUCUUGGAUCGGCACUGGAGGGUUUGUGACGCCUACGCCACCUUUGUUACCCAGCGCACAAACACCGGGAAAAAGGUGAUCUUGAAGGUCAUUGUACCUCACACUGAGAAAGAGCAGGUGGAGUACAGCGUGGCGGCUGAGCGACGCAGGGUCAGGAUGCUGCACGAUGACAUCAUCAAAGAUCUCCUCUCCCACGCCUCCGUCCUGCAGGCUGACAACUGUGCAGCGGGCAAUGCGGUGGCAGCAGAGAAGACCAAGGUGGAGAGUGUGGAGCUGGUCUUACCCACACAUGCUAACCACCAGGUGAACACGUUUGGGGGGCAGAUCAUGGCGUGGAUGGUGAAUGUAGCUACAAUUGCUGCCAGUCGACUCUGUCAGGCUCACCCGACUCUGCGCACCAUCGACAUGUUCACCUUCAGGGGACCUUCUCACGUUGGAGACAGACUGCUGCUCAGGGCUAUAGUCAAUAACGCAUUCAAAAACAGCAUGGAGGUGGGGGUGCGAGCCGAGGCCUACCACGAGGAAGGGCCUAACCGGCACAUUAACUCGGCCUUCAUGACCUUUGAGGUGCUGGACGACCACGGGAAGCCAUGCACGUUACCGCGGAUACGACCUGAACCCUUGGAAGGGGGGAGGAGGUUUCAAGAGGCCACAGCCAGGAAGAAGAUACGACUGGACAGAAAGUACAUCAUCUCACGUACGCAGGGAGAGGUCCCCCUGUCUGUCCCCUGGGACCCCAGAAACCAGGUGUAUCUGAGCUACAACAAUGUUUCUGCUGUGAAGAUGCUGGCUGCUAGAACCCACUGGCGACUCAGCUCUGAGAAAGACGAGGUCCGUCUUUACACCAUGGAGCAGAAGUCCACGUUGAGCUUCAGGGUGGAGUCGGAGGUGGAUGUUCCUGCUCACAGAGCCUUUUGUCUGCUGGCUGAGCUGAGCAACAGGCCGAGCUGGGACACACAUUAUCAAAAAUGUGAGCUGAUUCACCGGGUGGACGAUGAUGACUUCCUGUAUCGAGUGGUGACCCCAUCGGUGAGUCGGGGAGCAGGAGGUUCCCCAACCUCAGCCCAUCAGGGAGAAGGGAUUCUGCAGGACUUCAUCUUGUUGGCUUCAAAGAGGAAGCCGUGUGGCAGUGGAGAUCCGUAUGUCAUCGCGCUGCGCUCCGUGUCCCUGCCCACGUACCCGCCCUCUGAAGGCUACAACAGAGGAGAGGUUCUGUGUGCUGGCUUCACCAUCGUGGAGACCAGCAAUAACAUGUCACUGAUCAGUUACUAUAACCAGGCGUCUCCAGAGGUCCUUCCCUACAUCUCCACAGAUAUCGCCGGCCUCUCUUCCUCUUUCUACCACACGUUCUGCUCCUGCAGCCGAUACCUGACCAGGAACCGACUGCAGUCCUCCUCUGAGCUGCCGACGGGCCUAAACCAGGUUCCCAGCACAGACGGUCCCACCUGUGAAGGUGAAGCCGACAGUUUGUCAGCGGCCGUCCGCAGCACCCAUCUUUAGUCAGUCAGUUCCCUCGGGCAGGUUUACAGCCGUCACAUCAGGGCUCUCAAGUUUUUAAGAUACCUGGGAGUGACAUUUUUGGACACUACAGCCGACAAGGGAGUGGGGGGGGGGGGUGUGGACGAUAUGGACGGAGUAACCAAUCAACUGAAAUGAGUGAGAGCCCUGGUCACAUGGCACAACUAAUGUGUCACAUGGCACUACUAAUGUGUCACAUGUCACUAAUAAUGUGUCACAUGGCACUAAUAAUGUGUCACAUGGCACUAAUAAUGUGUCACAUGGCACUACUAAUGUGUCACAUGGCACUAAUAAUGUGUCACAUGGCACUACUAAUGUCACAACAAAAGGGAUAUUUUCAUAAAAACUAACAAUGUUGUUUUUUAUACGGAGAUAUUUACAUCUAAGAUGAGACUAGAGGGGCUAAAAUGCAUGCCGGGAAACACUUUGUUUAUUGCAGUUAGCACAAAUUUGUAUUUUGACGUUUUAUAAAUAUGAACAAAUAAACAUAUGUUCCCAUAUAAAACCAUA